UUCGGCGUGUCGCGAAACGGUCAGAAUUUUACGAGGCGUCGUACGAAAAGCCUUCCACUCUGAUUUGCAACAGCAGCUUGCUUCGUUCGGUUGCAAAGUUACCAAAGUCAGAAAGUAGGAUUCAAAAAAAGUUUUAAAAAAUGGAUCUAGCCCCAUUCGAUAUAGAUGUAUCUCCUCCCUCGGCGGCACUGCUGGAAAUUGCCCGCCGAGAAUUACGGGAAACUCCGGAAGUACGUGAGGCUGCCACCACCGAGCUAAGGAAGCUGCUCCACAAUGCUACCGAUCUGCACUAUCGGGACGACGAUGAGUUCCUGUUGGUUUUUCUCAGACCGUGUCAUUUCUAUCCGGAAAGUGCCCUCAAAAUGAUGCGAAGAAUAGCCGAUUUCAAGAAGAACUACCAUCCUCUGAUGCACAAUCUCUACCCGGAGGACGAAAAGCUAUCCUUCCUGGAGCAUGGCAUCGUCAACGUUCUGACGAACCGGGACCGAAAAGGGCGCCGAGUUCUACUGCUGAACGUUGGUAAAGUGUGGGAUCCGAAGCAGGUUAGCCCGGAAAAACUAUUCCGAAUGCUGUUCCUUGUCCACCUGGUAGCCCAGUUGGAACCAUCGACACAAAUCAACGGCGUCGUUAUCAUCAUGGACUUUGAGGGGCUCUCACUGAAACAGGUUCGCGCUCUGUCGCCAUCCUUUUCCCGCUUGCUUCUAACCUUCAUCCAAGAAGCCGUUCCACUGCGGAUGAAGGAAGUUCACAUCAUCAAACAGCCGUACAUCUUCAACAUGGUAUGGACGCUGUUCAAACCGUUCAUCGGAGAGAAGCUGAAGAAUAGGCUCGAAUUCCACGGCAGCGACAUGAAGAAGCUGCACAAGUACAUCGAUCCAAGUGACCUGCCGAAAAAUUAUGGCGGAUCACGCCCACCGCUUGACUACGGUUCUCGCGAUUGGUACCCUUGUAUCGAGAAGUACUUCGACCAUAUCAGCAAAUGGAACACGUACGGUCACGCAAACGCGCUUUGAUUGUGCGUUAAUGGGCAAACAAAUAUUUACUCUGGCUGCCGUAGGAGCAAGGUUAAACGAUUUAAGUGAUAUUAGAAGAAUUGAUUUAUAGGAAGCCGAUAAGCUUUUAUGAUAGAAACCAAAAAAAAAACACAGAAAAUACGAACGUGUGCGUAGAACGGGCUACUUAGAAAAAGUGAAUUUGUUGUCCUAUUGGAAACGCACUAAGAUUGAUAAGCCACUAAUUUAUUAUUUAAGUUCGAUUAAACUAUGGGGACGAACAUAAGCCGGAAACUACUUAUAUGAAACUUAUAGCAAUCAUUCAAGACAACGUCGUCGGAAUUUUGAUUGUAUCAAAAAUUGUGUAAUGGUCGAUUUAACGGAAAAUAAAUAUUAGCUGUGCUAGAUAUUUUUAGUUAGAGAACGGAGAAAAUUGACUAAUUCGUUGAUUUCGAAAAAUCGAAUACAUAGUUGCCUUUUCGUAAAUUUUCAACUGCUGCGACAAAAUAGAACAAUAAUUUGAG